AUGCUCGACAGCGUCGUCCACCACCUCAAGCACACGGCGGAAAAGCGCAAAGGCCAUGAGAGUGACAGCGAGGCCCACAGACUCUUCCGCUCCGUCCCCGGCCAUGAGCGCCACGGCGCCAAAAAGACUCAACACGACGUCGCUGGAAUCGUCGCGCCAGGCCAGACCGGCGUCAUCUAUGUCAGCGACAGGGCGAUGAAGAAUGGAUGGAGCGCGGGAGACCCUGAGUGGGCCAACUUCGGUCAAGGCGCUCCCGAAGGCAUGCUCAAACUCCUCAACUCGCUCGUCUCGCACAUCGACGGCUCUUCCCCCCGUCCCGACACGAUCAAGCUCUCCGACCUGUCCGCGACGUACGGCAGCGACGUCAACGAGUAUGCGCCAACGACUGGCAUGCGCGAGUUGCGCGAAGCCGUCGCUAAGUACUACAACGAGACCUACCGCAAGGGCAAGCAAAGCCAGUACACGGCCGACAACGUCUGCAUCGUUCCCGGCGGUCGAGCAGGCUUGACCCGCGUCGCUGCCGUCGUCGGCGACGUCUUUGUCUGCUACAGCGUCCCGGAGUACACCUCCUACGACCAGCUCCUCUCCUCAUUCAAGCGACUCGUCCCCAUCCCUACGACGCUCAAGGAAGAAGACGCGUACCACCUCAAUGUCGAUAACCUCGCUGAGAUGAUCCACAACAUGGGCAUCACCUGCGUCUUCCUCUCGAAUCCGCACAACCCGACUGGACAGGUCAUCUACGGCGACGAGCUGAAGCGGAUGGUCGAGAUGGCGCGGAAGGGGACGACGAUGAUCCUUGACGAGUUUUACGAAUCCUACGUCUACGACCUCGGCGAAGGCGCCAAGGUGUCGGCUGCUGAGUACAUCGAGGACGUCAACCAGGACAACGUCAUCCUCAUCAAUGGCAUGACAAAGGUUGUCGGACCCGAGUCGCUCAUCAAGGCUCUCGGGCAGAGCGGCGGUUUCCUCGACGGAGGAGCACCCCACCCUCUGCAAGCAGCCGCCAUCCCUCUCAUCGACCCAGCCCGCUUCGACGGCGACCGCAUCGCUCUCCAAACCCUCUUCCGCAACAAGCGCGACUACGUCCUCAAGCGCCUGCGCGACAUGGGCUUCGUGAUCAAGAACCCGCCGACGGCGACUUUCUACCUCUGGCUCGACUUGUCGUCGUUGCCGAAGCCGCUCAACUCGGGAUUGGUCUUCUUCGAGGAGGCGCUGAAGGAGAAGGUCAUCGUCGUGCCUGGCCAGUUCUUCGACCUCAACCCCUCACACCGCCGCAACCUCCUCGACUCACCAUGCGAGCACUUCGUCCGUCUCUCCUUCGGCCCUCCAAUGCCCGAAAUCGAGCGCGGAAUGGACAACCUCGAGCGACUCAUCAAGCGCGUUAGGAAACAUGUUGAGGAGGGAACGGAUCUCGAGACGGUUAUCGGCAAGGACCUCAAGAAGUGA